AUGGAAGAAGUUAACGAAGCUGUCGAUGCCUUAUACGGUGAACGCGUCCGAAAGUUCCAGGAAUUCUUGGACUCUGACGACAAUGAUACCGAUUAUAAAGAUACAAUUAAAACUAUGCUACAAAGAGGAAACAGGAGACUUACCGUUUCUGUCGAUGAGCUAAGAGAAUUUGACUCUGAGUAUGCGAAAGGAAUCAUGAACCAGCCGGCUGAUUACUUACCUGCCGCAGAAACUGCAUUAAAGGAUACCGUUAUGGCAAUCUACGACCCCUACGAGUUUUCAGAGUCGGAAAUUAAUGCAGAUACUGACUUCUAUUUAGGAUUUCGAGGUGCAUUUGGCUCGCACCAAUUGACUCCACGUACCAUCAACUCUUCGUAUCUUUCCAAAAUGGUUUCUGUGGGAGGAGUCGUUACUAGGACAUCUCUUAUAAGACCUAAAAUUAUCAAAUCCAUUCAUUAUUGCGAGAAUACUGGAAGAUUUCACUCUCGUGAAUAUAGGGAUCAGACCACAAGUUUCAAUCCAAUAACUACAGUGGCUAUCUAUCCUACCGAGGAUCCUGAAGGUAACAAGCUAACGAUGGAGUUCGGCUUUUCUAAAUAUCGAGACCAUCAGACCAUUACAAUCCAGGAGUUACCUGAAACAGCACCUGCUGGACAACUUCCUAGGUCAUUGGAUGUGAUAUUGGAUGAUGAUUUAGUUGAUAAAGUCAAACCAGGAGAUCGUGUAGAGAUUAUAGGUGUUUUCAGAUCGUUGGGUAGCGGCCAGAAUAACGCUGUUGGCUUCAAAGUUAUCAUUUUGGGAAAUUCCGUCUAUCCAUUGCAUGAAAGAUCUACAGCAGUCAGGGCAAUUGAACACAUAACAGAUUAUGAUAUUAGAAAUAUCAACAAGUUGGCUAAGAAGGAGAACAUUUUUGAAGUUCUGUCGCAUUCUCUUGCUCCUUCUAUCUAUGGACACGAAUAUAUUAAGAAGGCCGUGUUGCUCAUGCUUCUUGGUGGUGUAGAGAAAAACUUGGACACCGGUACCCACUUGCGUGGUGAUAUCAACAUCCUAUUGGUGGGUGAUCCUUCCACUGCCAAGUCCCAGAUGCUUCGUUUCGUUUUGAAUACUGCACCGUUGGCAAUUGCCACGACUGGUAGAGGCUCUUCUGGUGUCGGUUUGACUGCAGCUGUUACUUCAGAUAAGGAAACCGGAGAAAGAAGGCUUGAAGCUGGUGCUAUGGUGUUGGCAGACCGUGGUGUUGUUUGUAUUGAUGAAUUCGAUAAGAUGAACGAUGUGGAUAGAGUGGCUAUUCACGAAGUGAUGGAACAACAGACUAUUACUAUAUCUAAAGCCGGUAUUCAUACUUCUUUGAACGCCAGGUGUUCUGUUUUGGCCGCUGCCAAUCCCAUCUACGGCCAAUAUGAUACGUUCAAGUCUCCCCAGCAGAAUAUAGCGCUACCAGAUUCUCUUCUUUCUCGUUUCGAUAUGUUGUUUGUUGUGACGGAUGACAUUUCUGAUGAGAAAGAUAGGAAAAUUAGUAAGCAUGUGCUAAAUAUGCACCGAUAUAUACCGCCAGGAUAUGCUGAGGGUGAACCGAUCAAAGAGGCACCUACGAUCACAUUAGCGGUCGGUGAUGAGCCGGUGAACGAGGAGGAUAAUGAAAAUGGCGGCUCAGAGGUCUAUGAGAAGUUUAAUCCUAUGAUUCACGGAAUUGAGAUGGAUGAGGAGGCAAUAGCAGCAUCAAGAACCUCGCCUAAGAUCGUGUCUAUUCCAUUUUUGAAAAAGUAUAUUCAGUACGCCGAGCAGCGUAUCAAGCCAGUGCUCACAAAAAAUGCUACCAACAAGAUCAUUGAUAUCUACUCGGAUCUUCGUAACAGUGACACAAACAAGAACUCAAGAACAUCACCCAUCACUCCUAGAACACUAGAGACGAUGAUCCGUCUCUCUACAGCGCACGCCAAAGUGCGUCUUUCGCAGACAGUAGAAGUUAAAGAUGUUUCUGUUGCAGAACAAUUACUACGGUUCUCUUUGUUCAAAGAGGUCGCCAAAAAGACACGGAAACCUAAGAGUCCGAGAAAGAAGAGGAAGACGCGUUCUCUUGAUGAGGAGGAAGAAGAAGAAGAAGAAGAGGAAGAAAGUAAUGCAGCAGGAAACGGAGAUGAUAUGGAAAUGACAGACCUGAAGAUACCUCCAGGACACAGAAUGACCACGCGUAGUCAAGACACAGCGAGUAUCAGAGAGGAUCCAGAGGAUCCAGAGGUGGAGGAGGUUAGCGAGGGCAUUAGUAAGUUAGCUACAGAAACAAAAGAAGUCAAGGAUACCGUGGAGACCGCGGAGACAAGCGAAAGUACAGAUAAUGCGCUAAAGAUCAAGAUACCUCAGGAAGAAAACAAAAGUUUCCUUGAGGGAGCAAUCUCGGAGAGCAGAUACUCACUAUUCAAAAAGACUAUGUCUUCUGUGUUUAGAGAAGUUCAAGACGUCUCCUUCAAAUUCGAACACUUGGUAUCGCUAAUAAAUCAAAAGCUUCAACAGGAAGAUCAAUUUGGUAGAGAAGAGGCCAAAGCUGCUUUGAACAAGCUCGAAGAUGAGAACAUUAUUAUGCUUUCGGAGAAUAAUGUCUGGAGAAUAUAA